AUGUAUGUGAAAUGGUUUGGUACAGUAAUGUUUUACUAUGUGAUUUUAGUGAAUGUCACUUUUUGUCAUUUUCAAAUUUCCCGCCGUUCCGUCCCCCAUACAUCCUGAUGCUCGCAGAGGACGGAACCCAGAUGACAGAUGCCGGCAUUGCCGGAUUACAUUGCUGGGGACACUGCAGGAGGGACAUCGCGGGAGCGCAGGACAAGGUAAGUGACCGAGGGAUCGUGGAGCAGCGCCGCAGGGUAAGCCCGAGUGUAGCUCGGGGUUACCGCUUUUGCUACACUCGGGAAUACCGCCAGGGAGGU